UGCAGCGGCUUCGGUGAUCUACGCGCCCGGCGGAGGAGCACUGUCCCGCGGCCUCCUCCUCGCUCCAGGACGACCCUCCGUGCGCCUUUCCCCGUGAUCGUGUUUCGCAGCGUUUCUUGGGCGAUGUGCGGUGGUGGUGGGGGCGCCUGCUCGGUGGAUGUGUAGCGGAUUUAGCUGCGGCACCGUCGGCUUGCUCUGAUCAGGUCUGUGUGACUCUCCUGAUUGGCCGAUGCUGCGCUGUGGACGUGCCUGAGUCUCCUGAUUGGCCGGUGCAGUGCGGAAGGCGGGCCCGUCUCUCCUGAUUGGCUGGUUUGGCUGUCAGUCAUCAUGCCGCUGUUAAACCUGGCCCCGCCCUGCUCUGGUCCAGACAACUGCUCAUCUCAGAGUGAGUCGAAGGCGUACUGUUACUCGGCUCGCAUCAGGAGCACCGUGCUGCAGGGACUGCCCUUCGGAGGAGUGCCCACCGUACUCGCACUCGACUUCAUGUGCUUCCUGGUGCUGCUGUUUGUGUUCUCCAUCCUACGUAAAGUGGCCUGGGACUAUGGACGCCUGGCGCUGGUCACAGAUGCAGACAGGCUACAGAUGGUGAACCGCAGUGGAGACGAGAAAGAGUACGUUGCGUCUGCGAUGCACUCGGACACUCCAGACCGUUACGAGCGCCUCACCUCCGUCUCCAGCUCCGUCGACUUCGAGCAGCGAGACAACGGUUUCUGUUCGUGGUUGACGGCCAUCUUUCGAAUAAAAGAUGAAGAGAUUCGUGAAAAGUGCGGAGAAGAUGCGGUCCACUACCUGUCCUUUCAGAGACACAUCAUUGGACUUCUGGUAGUGGUUGGUGUUCUCUCUGUGGGAAUAGUUCUUCCGGUGAACUUCUCGGGAGACCUGCUCGAAAACAAUGCCUAUAGUUUUGGACGGACCACAAUCGCCAACCUCAAAUCUGGGACGAACCUCCUCUGGCUCCACACGACCUUUGCCUUCAUGUACCUGCUCCUCACUGUCUACAGCAUGAGACGUCACACCUCCAAGAUGCACUACAAGGAGGACGACCUGGUGAAACGCACUUUGUUCAUUAACGGCAUUUCCAAAUACGCGGAGGAGUCCCAAAUCAAGCAGCACUUUGAGCAGGCCUAUGAGAACUGCAUCGUCCUGGAGGCUCGGAUCUGUUAUAAUGUGGCUAAACUCAUGUCUCUGAAUGCUGAGAGAAAGAAGACUGAACGUAGCAAGAAGUUCUUCACCGACCUGAUGUCCAAAGAGCACGUACCCACCAUGAUCAACCCCAAGCCCUGUGGUCACCUGUGCUGCUGCGCCAUCGCCGGCUGUGAGGAGGAGGAGGCGGUGAGCUUUUACACUAAACGUGAGGCGAAGCUGAAGGAGGAGUACAGAAAGGAGAAAGAGAAGGUCCACACCAAACCUCUGGGAAUGGCUUUUGUCACCUUCCAGAAUGAGGCCAUGACCGCCAUAAUCCUGAAGGACUUUAAUGCCUGUCAGGUGCAGGGCUGCAAGUGCCGACAGGAGCCACGCUCCUCUCAGUUCAGUGAAGUCCUCCACGUUUACAACUGGAGUGUCACCUAUGCCCCAGACCCCCAGAACGUACGAUGGGAAAACCUCUCUUUGGGUGGGAUCUCGUGGUGGAUCCGGUGCUUCAUCAUAAACGUGAUUCUUUUCCUGCUUCUCUUCUUCCUCACCACUCCGGCCAUCAUCAUCUCCACCAUGGACAAGUUCAACGUCACCAAACCCGUCGAGUACCUCAACAACCCCAUAGUAACUCAGUUCUUCCCCACUCUGCUGCUGUGGGCUUUCUCUGCUUUGCUGCCGACCAUUGUGUACUACUCCGCCUUCUUUGAGGCUCACUGGACCAGAUCUGGAGAGAACCGCACCACAAUGCACAAAUGCUACACCUUCCUCAUCUUCAUGGUUUUGCUGCUGCCGUCUCUGGGACUCAGCAGUCUGGACGUGUUUUUCCGAUGGCUGUUUGACAAGAAGUUUCUGGCAGAUGCUAAAAUUCGAUUUGAGUGCGUGUUCCUGCCAGAUAACGGAGCGUUCUUUGUAAACUAUGUGAUCGCCUCUGCGUUCAUUGGAAAUGCCAUGGACCUGCUAAGGAUCCCGGGUCUCAUGAUGUACAUGAUCCGACUGUCUCUGGCCCGGUCCGCAGCCGACCGCCGCAAUGUGAAACGGCACCAGGCCUAUGAGUUCCAGUUCGGAGCAGCUUACGCCUGGAUGAUGAACGUCUUCACUGUGGUCAUGGCCUACAGCAUCACCUGCCCCAUCAUUGUGCCAUUCGGUCUGAUGUAUAUGUUGUUGAAGCACCUGGUGGACAGGUAUAACAUGUAUUACGCAUACCUACCGUCGAAGCUGGAUAAGAAGAUCCAUUCUGGAGCCGUGACGCAGGUGGUGGCCGCGCCCAUCCUCUGCCUCUUCUGGCUGCUCUUCUUCUCCACUGUCAGGACAGGUUUUGAAACUCCAACCUCCAUGUUCACUUUGGUGGUUUUGGUCAUCACCAUCGUCGUGUGUCUGUCCCACGUGUGCUUCGGUCACUUCAAGUACCUCAGCGCUCACAACUACAAGAUCGACACUAAAGAAGCUGAUGUGGAGACAGUGGAGAACGGACGACCAGCGCGGACCACCACCUCUCCCACUGCUAAAACUCAGCCCGGACAGGCGCAGCAACAGCAGUCCUACAUCGCCCAGGUGCUCCAGGACCCGAGCUCGGAUGAGCCGGGUUCGGGCAGCGGCGAGGAUGACCGCGGGUCCUCGCAGGACGAUGACAUCAUCAACGCCAAUAACUCCAUCAACAGCAUCAACGAAGCUGACUUCCAAUCAGGCGAAGACAGUCUGAUCGCCAACGAAGUGCGCCACUGACAUGAGAGAGGGGAGGGGCCUACCGAAGAGGAGGAGGAGCCAAGAGGAGGCACAGGGGAGGGGCUUAACAUAGACUGUGGGGAGGAGCCUAACGGAGAGGAGGAGGAGCCAAGAGGAGGAGAAUGUACUGGAGAGGAAAGAGGAGGGGAGGAGAGAGGAGGAGAGGAAAGAAGAGGAGAGGGGUCCAGAGAAGGAGAAGGGG